GCCACUUUUUGAUGUUCCUGGCCUCGACUGCAGCCGCCUUCAUUCGCGACCAUCGCAACACUUUCCCUUAACAGCUCUUCUUUAGCGCCUCUUCCCCAGCAUACAACCACUUUUGACAUGUCAUAAGGCGUUUUUGUUACUGCGGUGCGUCUUUUUUGCCCGUCACACCGCGAAACCCCUCUUGGCGAAUACAUUCGCAUCGCCUCCACGAUGAGCAACAACCCUUGAUCGUCAAGAUGCCAACCUCGAUGCAUCCCCAGGCCAAGUUCGAUCCAAUACCCCCGGACUUGGAUCUUCACACGCUUGUCGAUCGAACCCCGAACUUCGAAUGGGUCCUCCGAAUCUCGACUGCGCAGAUCCAGGGCCUCGGCCCUCAAGAGUUCGAGAAAUUGGUACAGUUACAGGUCAUUCAAGGCGGGAAGCCGCUAGUCAUUGAGAAAUGGAACGACGUGCUUCCACAAAGACUUUUCAGCGGAGAAUGGUUGGAGAAAACGUACGACAAGAAGCAGGAGAACGUCCGCGACAUCACGGCCCAGACCGAAAUCCCGAUGACUACGGGCCACUACAUAAGAGCCAUGAAACAGCUCGCAAACCAAUGGACACCAAAUAACUACCGCGACGAGAGACGGCAACGUCUUUACCUCAAGGACAUUGACUGCCCCCCCGAAUGGCACGAGCAUCUCCAAAAGGUUAUUCCUCCUACUUUGUUCUAUAUGAACGAGAACGUCACGCAGAAAGGAGUUGCCGAUCAACGAAACAACGAUGUCUUCCGCGGUCUUGAUGACAGAGCGACAGUGGCUCCCGCGGGCGACCUCAUGUCAAGCCUACCCGAGGAAAUGCGAGCACAGAACCUCAUGUGUUAUAUCGGUCAUGAGGGAACAUUUACUCCGGCACAUCGUGAAAUGUGCGCCAGUCUUGGCCAAAACAUCAUGGUUGAGGCAUCGGGCAGCGAGAACGGGGAGACGCCAGGCAGCUCCAUCUGGUUCAUGACGGAAACCAAAGAUCGGGAAGUCGUUCGCGAGUAUUUCAUCUCGAUGCUUGGUCACGACAUUGAAAUCGAGAAGCACUUUGCGCAGAUCAACGCCUGGAAGAAGGCUACCUUCCCUGUCUACAUUGUUGAGCAAAAGCCUGGCGACUUUAUCCUCAUCCCCCCUCUGGCUCCUCACCAGGUCUGGAACAGGGGCACCCGCACCAUGAAGGUUGCGUGGAAUCGGACAACUGUCGAGACCCUGGACAUGGCACUACACGAGGCUUUACCCAAAGCACGGCUUGUGUGUCGCGACGAACAGUACAAGAACAAAGCUAUCAUCUAUUACACGCUCAAGAAGUAUUACCAGCAGAUGGUUCAAGCAGAAGAAAAGGCGGAGAUGGGAAUUCUCGGUCUCGGGUCUGAACUGUUUCGCUCUUCCUCGCGAUAUAAGCAGCUGGCUAAGGAUUUCCGCCAUCUCUUCUCGCUGUUCACCGAGGUUCUCGUUGACGAAAUGUUCGCAACCAAGGAAAAGAACAUUGAGUACGUCGAAUACGACUCUUGUGUUACUUGCUCGUACUGUAGAUCAAACAUCUUCAACCGGUUUCUGACCUGCAAAUCCUGCGUGCGAACUUUGGUCAACGGCGACGAGGACGCCUACGAUGUCUGCAUGGAGUGUUAUACCAUGGGGCGGUCAUGCGUCUGCAUCUCUAGGCUUCAGUGGUGCGAACAAUGGCAAUGGUCAGAACUGACGGACAACUACGAGCUUUGGCGGUCAAUGAUCAUCAAGAACGAUGGCUUUAUCGACAUAGAGCUUUCGCCUCAGCCUCUGGAGAUCGCUCGCAGCCGCCGAGGCAAGAAGUCACUCGCCGAAAUCUGCCAAGAAGGUCUCCGCAGGCGACCUUUCAAGGACAUCUCGAAGCUCGAGGAGCAGAAGCAACUUUCUGAAUCCGAGCCCGAGCCAGAAGUUGACGACAAUGGCAAGCCAAAGAAGAGGAAGUACAAGCGGAAGAAGAAGAAAGGAGAGCUUCGCCGCUGUCACUCUUGCUGCCACAAGGAUUAUGCAUACAAAGUGCAUGUAUGCUCCAACCCAGACUGCAAAGAAGGGUAUUGCUACGGUGUGCUCUAUCGUGCAUUCGACAUGAUGCCGCAGACAGUACAAGAGAACGAGAACUGGAUCUGCCCGAAGUGUCUAGGCAUCUGCAACUGUGGUGCAUGCCGCCGCGCGGGGGACACCAAUCCUUAUACGCCUAAGAAUACUCUUCUUGGCCACGACACGCGAGCCAUUGCCGACGAUCGAAGUGUAGAGGCUCUCGUCGAUUUCCGGAGUCACAAUCUGAACUGGCUCAAGACAGCGGGCGAAGAAGGCCGUAGCACCAACAGCAAGCGCAUGAAGGAGUUGAGAGAGAAGGCCGACACCGCCAAAGCUCAAGAAACGGCAGCCAUCACAGCGGAGGACAUUGCGAACGGCGUCAACCACCCUGCUGAGUCUGUGGAGAGAAGUAUCGACGGAUAUGGCGACCAGAACCAUGUUCUCGGAGAGCAAGACGUGCAAAUGCAAGACCAGAGCGCUCUCGACGGUGACCAAGACUUGUCCCAAAUGGAUCAUGAUCAGUCUGUGCCGUUCUCUGACAUGGGCACAAAUGGCGGGUGGGACCAGUCAGCCUACCCCGAUCCCUUGGACGGUCAACGCAUGUUCGGCAUGGGCUACUACGAGCAAGAUGGGCCCGAUCAAAUCCUCUUUGAUCCGUUCCAGAUGCCCUCCGCCAACGCCAUGGUCUUGGACGAUGAGGCCGAGUUCAUCAGAAAGACUCUGCGCGCGCAGAAGCGCAAAGCAAAGCACGAGAACGAAUUUGAUCCAGACUUUAAUGCACCCAGGAGCCACCACAGGAAGAAGCAGAAGAAGCCCGAGUUAAGCGAUAUCUCGAGCAUGGAUCCUGCGCUAUUCGGCGCUCCCCCUGCUGCUCCCAGCACCACGGAUGCAACUGGGGAGGCUGGAAGUGCUGGGUCGGCCGAAGCUAGCGUCGCUCCUGAAGAUCCAUCCUCGGUUCAAUUGGAAAGGGAGGGCGCGCAGGCGGCAGAGGGACAGCGUCAGAAAAGCGGUUACGCGGCUCCACAAUACCCAGCAAACGUCCCUUCGCUUCGGCAUGCCAGGCCUAAGGCUUCUUACGCUGAGCCAGAGGAGCCAAUGAUUGAUGACCCGGAUGACAUAGUGCCAGCAACCAAGCAGAGACUCCUCAUCCAGAACGACGAGCUGCGGGCUGGCGACAGCACCGCCAACCCACUCGACCUUGCUACUGACGCCGUACGUGCGCUUGUCGAGCAGGAGGCCAGUGGGGCAAAUGAUACCGCUUCCGAAACGCCCAAGGUGCCUAAGAGGCGCGGCAGGCCGCCGAAGAGCGCAAACUCGACACCGGCAUCGGCUACAAGAGCUGCGGCUGCGCCAAAGUCAACCCCCGCAGACCUUGCGGCGAAGAAACGCGAGGAACGCGCCUCUCGGCGAUCUGGUCUAAGCCGCGUCGUGACUAUCGAUGGUGCCAGUUUCUUCAAUCCCCGAAGUCAAGACCGCCUGCCAGAUGACGUUCUUGACGCGGCUCACGACGUGACGGAAGCUGAGCUCGAGGCGGAACUUGAUAGAGAGCUUGCUAGAGAGAGACCUCAGAACACACUGAUCACUUCAAUUGAAACCAAGGCAGCGGAGGCUACUGUGCAGCCUAUUAAGAAGCGCCGUGGUCGGCCACCCAAGAACAAGGCGGCCAACGCUACUCCUGCAGAGACGGAUCCAGCUGAUAGGUCUCCGCCGCCUCCUCCUGCAGGUGCAUCGAGGAUGAUGUCUAUGGCAGCUCGCGUUGCAGCUCGUGGUGGGAAGUUUAAGAUGACUUCGCGUAAGUCGCGAGAUCGGAGCACUAAGGAAUCCCCAGUCCCUACACAAGCGUUGUCCGAGUCCGGGAGGCAGUCCAGGGGACGCAACGAACAACAGCCGGACAUCGCCCCGGUUGAAGAGCCUGUUCGGGAACCGUCAAGAGAGCCGAGUUUGGAUCUUACGCCUCCCCCUCCUAACGCGACAGCCGAACACAAAGAACCGAGCGAGGAUCCUGCAUCUCCCUUGGGAGGCAAACAGAGAGAGCUCAGUUCGGAUCACACACCUCCCCCGCCGGGAGCCAGACAGAGAGUGUCAAGUCCCGAUCACACUCCUUCACCCCCAGGCGCAGUCAGCAGGCCUUGGCGGAAAUCGGACGAGGACGACGAAGCAUCGAAUUAUGCUGCGCCUGCGGCGUCGCUGUCCUCUGCGUCUUCCUCUGACUCGGGCAUCCCAGACGCAAGCCCGCCGCCACCACCUGCACGCCCUGGUAGGCCUUCGACCGGUCUCACGGUGGUGAGGCUCGGCGAGUCUGAAUCCGAGAGCGAAAUCUCUUCGUCGUCCGAGUCCGAGAGUGGCAUUGGCGAGUCCCUUGGUAUAUCUGGUGGAGUGUCUUUCCGGGGUAGAGGUAGAGGAAGAGGACGCGGCCGCGGACGAGGUUACUAAGGAGGUUAUCCCAGUACAGGGACACGGUAGGAGUAUGGGCUUUUUGUUUCCGCCGUCCGCGGAAGUAAAUCUGUGGUAGGCGUUUGUGCUAGCGAUUUCGCCAAGAGCUUUUACUGUUUUCUAUAGCGCCAUACCCAGGACGAGGUAGUCUAGCAUGAUGAUAAGAAGAAGCACGAAUGAGAUGUGCAUUUGCCGACACUAGGACGCUCUCAUAAGUCGAUACAUAUGGUGUGGUAUUUUGUCGAAUCGUCACCGCGUAUCCUCCAUCAAGCAUGGGUGACAGACCGUCUCAGGGAGGCAGGCAGGCGUGUUUUCAGCUCUUCACUCAUGCAGUAUUACUCGAAAUAAGAUUUACGCCCCUUUCCUCGAGCCAGUUGACCCCCCUUCCCCUUCCUCCACUCCCAGGCUCUGUCUGGCCUUGUUGCUAUAAAAACGUACAAAAAAACAUCAACUCUUAUUCUCUGGCCAGGCCAACCAAACACAGCGGCAUAGCCCCCGCCGCCUCUUGCCU